UCCUCUGGAAAUGGAGACAUGUAAUUAACAUUGUUAAGCUUUUUUUGUAAUACUUAGUAAAUCUAAACAUGGACCGUAAAAUAAUAGCCACUUGAUGGACUAUGAUGGGUGAAAGGUAAACAUGCAUGUACAGUAUCAUAGUCACCAGCUGUGUACAGUAUCACUGGCACGUAUCUGGAGGUUUCCACUGGUUCGGGAGAGCUCAAGGACACAGAGACGUGGUGUCAUGCUGACAGAUGGAAUAGGAUUGGCUGGAGAGAUGAGCUCUUAUUUUAAGCACAGGCCCAGUGUGGUCUCACUCUGCAGGGAACAGUCUGCUGUACUGAAGCCUUCAGUCCUACAGUUAAAGUUGGUGAGUGGUUGAGUGGUGAGGAUGACAAGCAUGUUCACUCGAAUGCUAUCUGGACGCAACACGGCUGUGAUUAUGGCCAGCCUGGGUGCGGGUUCCCUGGUGUCCAGCUAUAUCAUGACUGAAUCAGGAGUCUCUGCGGGGGAGAAAAAGAAGCUGUACCCACCAAGUGCUGAUUACCCAGACCUGCGCAAACACAACAACUGCAUGGCUUCUGUCUUGACUCCUGCUAUUUAUGGCCAGCUGAGGGACAAGCUGACCCCCAAUAACUGGAGUCUUGACCAAUGCAUUCAGACUGGAGUGGACAACCCUGGUCAUCCCUUCAUCAAGACUGUGGGCAUGGUGGCUGGUGAUGAGGAGAGCUAUGAGGUUUUUGCUGAAAUCUUUAACCCAGUCAUUAAGGACAGGCACAAUGGCUAUGACCCUACAACCAUGAAGCACCCAACAGACCUGGACAGCUCAAAGAUCACCUCCGGGAUGUUUGAUGAGAACUAUGUGCUGUCAUCACGUGUGCGCACGGGCCGCAGUAUUCGUGGGCUCAGUCUGCCUCCUGCCUGCACUCGGGCUGAACGCCGUGAGGUGGAGCGUGUGGUGGUCCAGGGUCUUUCUGGUCUGAAGGAUGAUCUGGCCGGAAAAUACUACAGCCUGACAGAGAUGACUGAGCAAGAGCAGCAGCAGCUGAUUGAUGACCACUUCUUGUUUGACAAGCCUGUAUCACCCUUGCUGACUUGUGCAGGAAUGGCGCGGGAUUGGCCCGAUGCCAGAGGCAUCUGGCACAACAACGAAAAAACAUUUUUGAUCUGGAUCAAUGAGGAGGAUCACACCCGUGUCAUUUCCAUGGAAAAGGGUGGGAACAUGAAGAGGGUGUUUGAAAGGUUCUGCAGAGGCCUGAAAGAGGUCGAGAAGUUGAUUCAGGAGAGAGGCUGGGAGUUUAUGUGGAAUGAACGCUUGGGCUAUAUCCUGACCUGCCCCUCUAACCUAGGCACCGGACUGAGAGCUGGAGUGCAUGUCCGUCUGCCCCUCCUGAGCAAGGACUCGCGCUUUAAUAAAAUUCUGGAUAAUCUCAGGCUACAAAAACGUGGCACAGGAGGCGUGGAUACUGCAGCUGUGGGUGACACUUUUGACAUUUCCAACCUUGACCGUCUAGGCAAAUCUGAGGUUGAGCUCGUUCAGUGUGUGAUUGAUGGUGUCAACUACCUGAUCGACUGUGAAAAGAAACUUGAGAAGGGCCAGGAUAUAGCCAUCCCUCCACCAGAAACCCAGUUCAAGAAAUAAUGACAUUUUUGCAAAAAGGACCGGAGAGCUAGGCAGCUGAGAGAUCUGUAACCUGUUAUUCAUGACGACUGCAGGGAUCUCAACUGAAUAAAUUAUUCAUACUUUAA